AUGGUCGCGCCAGCUGUUCCUGAGAUUUACGAAGAGGACGACCUCACUGCUGCUGUCGAUGCGCGUACGGAGUCGCUACAGAACCUGAGAGAAUUAGGUCCCCCAGACUUGGUGUACCUAGUCAAGCAGCCAAAGGCCGGCACGACUCGCCAGACAGGCGUUUACCACCACGUCACUGGUAUCGAUGCUUCCUCCUCCGCAAGCUUGGCCGCCUACGUGAACACCUUGGUGUCCUCCCCGCUUGACAAGACAAAUAAAGUGGUAUCUGGAAUCUACUGUUGCUACAAUGCAUUUUCCCACCUUGACAUGCGAGUCGAAGUUAAAAUCCCCGGAAGCCUCGAAAGCUACUGUAUCGACGAGCGUGGAGAUAAGCGUGUUGCGACCGACGCAUUAUGGCUCGAGACCUUUCUGUGCGGCGUUCUGAGAGCCUAUUCGUAUGCAGACGACGGCAGUGGGGAUGCAAUCAGAAAGAUUGUUGGUGUUCGUCGGUUCAACCCUGUCACCAACACGGAGAUGGAGCAUAGAUUCCUAGAUGCUGCUGAAAAAUUAUUCUUUUUGGGAAGACAACUCAGUUCCGAUCCUGAAACCCAGGUCCCAAAUACCGUGAGCAACCAUCUCACGGCCGGCCUUCUCAAGUACAUCCAUACUACGGGGCGGUACGCGUCUGGUAUCAACUUAUUCGAAAAGUUGCGCACGAGAGAUGUAGAAGUAUCUUCUCUGCUCGCUCAGGUCUAUAGAAUGGCGGAUGAGGAGGUUCAAGCUGUGCGACUCAUGUACGACGCUCUACAAGAUGUUCCGAUGGAUUAUGCGCUUCUCGAUUGCCAGUCUGCCUUCUGCGCUAGUAAAGGAGAAGGUGAAAUGGCUCUGGAGUGCGCCAAGCGCGCCGUGACCGCUGCCCCUAGCGAAUUCAGCACCUGGGCUCGACUGGGCGAGGUUUAUGUGGGUCUAGAGCAAUGGGAUUUGGCUCUUUUGACAUUAAACUCGUGCCCGAUGUUCACAUACCAGGAUAAAGAUACACCUCGGAUGCCUCAACCGUCCCGCAUCAUGCUCCCCAUCCUAGCUGAGAGUAUGUUGGACGAAAUUGACGAGGGACAGCCGAAGCAGGGAGACCCUCACGACUAUGUGCACCCCUCGUUGCGAAGGCUACACGCAGCUACAUACCAGGGGACAUUCUUAAAGGCGUACAACCUGUUGACCAAAGUCGCCGCUGCAAUUGGAUGGGAUCAGCUCCUUAGGGUUCGCAGCGAAGUUUUUGUUAUGGAAGAGGAAUAUCGCACCGAGCGCCAACACUCCACGCCAAAGAAUUCCAUCCACACAAAUGAUGAUGCAAGCCCCGACGAGACAAAUGGUAGUAGCGAACAAGAAAAUGGAGAUCAUGGUCCAGUAGACACCGUCACUGAAAUAACUGCCAAUGGGGAUGAUCACCAACAAGCCGACCAACAAGCCGACCAACAAGCCGAGCAUUCGAUCGAGAGGCCUGAACAGACAGUGGCAUCAGAGGUUGUCAAAUCCGGUAAAGAAGAUCCCGACCCAUCACACUCAUCGUACACGCAAUUCAGGAAUAAACGCCUAUGUGAAAGAUGGCUGGACAACCUUUUCAUGGUUCUCUACGAGGAUCUCCGCAUAUAUACCAUAUGGCGCACGGAAGUGGCCCAAUUCCGCCAGCAGGCAAUGGAAUACAAGAAAUCUGCCACCGAAUGGGAGAUCCUCGGUGAGCUGGCGGAGCGGCUACACCACUUCGAUGAGGCCAUUGAAGCAUAUCAAGCUUGCCUAUCAAUUCGAUUUUCGCCGAAAGCCAUGCGCGGAAUACUCAAGCUCCACGAGCAACGAAAUGACACAAGGGGAAUGCUUAGUGCUUUGAUCCGUCUUAUUGCCUGGCAAUAUCGAUGGUAUUCUGAGUUCUCCCCGGAUCUACUAUUCAUGAUCCGCAAAUUAAUUGAAGACGAAGGUGCUGUCAAGGUCCGCAGCAUCGUGCAGGCUACGAACCUGGCCCAGACUGUUCUUGACCUCACUCACCAGUACUGUCAAUUGUGCGCAACAUUCCGCAGCAGUGGCAGUGAUGGCUAG